AGUUGAUUACAUAAUAUACAUGUUCGGACCUCGAAAUGAACCCAGCAGCCAAAGAAAAAAGAAACAAGGUGCGUCUGUGGUGACCCUACGUCAGUCACGACAAGCUCUAUAGCUAGAACUUCCUCAUGUCUGCUGCUUCGGCGUCAUCGAGCUCAGGAGGUGGUGAGCUGGAAUACCUAAAGUCGUUGGUGUCCCAGCUCCAGGUCAAAAUUGAGCAGCUAGAGAAAUCAGCCUCGAAUGCUGUCCAAUCUGCCAAACAGGCCGUUACUGGCGCCGCUGAUGGUCCGAAGCUCGUUUUGAUCGGCCCUCCGGGAGCUGGCAAGGGCACACAGGCCCCGAACAUUGCCGAAAAGUACUGCGUUUGCCAUCUUGCUACCGGAGACAUGCUUCGAAACCAGGUCGCAAAGCAGACUGAGCUCGGAAAGCAGGCGAAGAAGAUCAUGGACCAGGGUGGUUUGGUAUCUGACGAGAUCAUGGUCGGAAUGAUCAAGAAGGAGUUGCAGGAGAACGCCGACUGCAAGAACGGGUUCAUUCUCGAUGGCUUCCCGCGAACUGUUCCUCAGGCAUCCAAGCUCGAUGCCAUGCUCGCGGAUGACAAGAAGAAAAUUGACCACGCCAUUGAGCUCAGGAUCCCAGAUGCUCUCUUGAUCUCUCGAAUCACUGGACGUCUGAUACAUCCCGCCAGUGGAAGAUCCUACCACAAGGAGUUCAACCCACCCAAGAAACCCAUGACCGAUGAUAUCACCGGCGAGCCUCUCAUCCAACGUUCAGACGACAACGCCGAGACUCUGCGAAAGCGCCUCGCAACCUACCACUCGCAGACUGGACCCGUCGUGGAUUACUACAAAAAGACUGGCAUCUGGACUCCUGUGGACGCUGCUCAGAGUCCCAAGCUCGUCUGGGGAAGCAUCGGAAGUAUCUUGAGCGGGUCCAGCAAGGCUGCCAAAGCAUAGAGAGUCCGGCAUCAAAGCUACUUGAACACAGCCUAAUGCAUAGCAUACCUUUGG